UCUUCAGUGGAAAACUCCCCCCACACUGCCUGACGUAAACAGUAAUAUGAGGACAAAAACAGCAGUCAUGACGCUCGGCGCGUGCUGUCUGUUCCAGCUUAUGCUGACAAAGAAAAGACAGGCAGUGACAGAGAUCAGACAAAAGGCAGAGGAGAAAAACAUAAGACUGCUGCUCCAGCCACUCAACCAGUCACUAGAGAAACACUCUCUGGAUACCAAAGAGCCUCUCCAUGGCAAUGACACUGUGAAACAUCCAUCACAGGAGACUACUUGGGCAUCAUGGUUUCAGAAGCAGAUGAUCAGCCAGGCUCAUCCACCACCCAAUCACAGCGCACACUGUCACCUGAGUAUUAACUGCACGCACCUGUUUGGAAUCCUCACUCUCAUCAGGAUUCCUUCUCAGAGGUGUGUGCUAUCUCCAGUCUCCGUUCCACGAUCUCCUGCGAAACAAGGUUAUACUCCUCAUCAAUCCACGAACUGUUCCAUUGCCCUUGAUACUCACCUGCCAUUACCAUCCACCUCAGUUGCUGCUAAUAAAGUUACCUGUAUACAGGUUGCUGCCACUAGCACUUGUGGCCCACUUUCUGUCAAGAAGUGGCCUACAUACAAGGAGAUUCUGACAAACUUUACAAAGCUGUCGGCACAAAAAGCUCUGGCCUAA